ACCAGGAAUCCAAUUGACACACAAAAAUAUAAAAUGAAAAUCCUUAUUGUGCUUUGCGCAUUGAUCGCCUGUGCCUCAGCUGGACUCAUUCGUAGCUCCGGUUGGAGCUCAAGUCCAUGGGGCAGUGGCGGCGGAUGGAACAGUGGUUGGAAUAGCGGAUGGUCCUCCCAACCGAAGGUUUUUAAAGUGAUCAAAAUUGGCGGCGGAGGCGGCGGUUGGGGCAAUGGUGGCGGCGGAUGGAGCAAUGGUGGCAGCGGAUGGACCAAUGGUGGCGGCGGAUGGAGCAACGGUUGGAGCAAUGGCGGUGGCGGUUGGACCAGUGAUGGCUGGUCAUCCGGUUCCUCGCUUGGUGGUGGCUGGUGGUGAUUCAAUCCUCGGAAAAUCUGAACAAAUACAAAAGGAAUUCCAUAAUGUUGUACCAUAUCUACAUAUAAAAAUUUUCCCACUCUGAAUUUCGCAAUGUUUUUCCAUUUUAUUAACUUCGUACCUACAUAUAUAUA